UAAUAGUCGGUGUAAAUUACGGCGGCCCAUAAAAUCCCUCAGUAGACGGCGAUGCAUCUUCUUAAACCCUAAUUUAUUUCGCAUAAAAAACCCUAGCCUCUCUGCUCCCACGAAAUCGACCACACAAUGACAGGAGAGGCAGUGAACGCAAAAGCGUACCCUUUGGCCGAUGCGCAGCUGACGAUUACAAUACUCGACCUGGUUCAACAGGCAGCUAACUACAAGCAGCUUAAAAAGGGCGCCAAUGAAGCGACUAAGACCCUCAACAGGGGUAUUUCUGAGUUCGUAGUGAUGGCUUGUGACACUGAACCGAUUGAGAUUCUUCUUCACCUUCCCCUGUUGGCUGAAGAUAAGAAUGUUCCCUACGUUUUUGUCCCUUCGAAGCAAGCACUUGGCCGAGCCUGUGGUGUCACAAGACCUGUCAUUGCGUGUUCUGUGACUUCCAAUGAGGGAAGUCAAUUGAAGUCGCAAAUACAACAGCUCAAGGAUGCCAUUGAGAAACUCCUUAUCUAAGCUAUCUUCGAAUGCAUGUUCGGUGUGAUGGGCCUCUUCGGACUGUAAUAGUGGGAGCCUUCAGAGGCUUUGACUAGGAAAUGCAUAUUCAGUGUGAUGGAGUUGUUGUGUUACUAGGAAAUCUUUUGAUGUUUGAUUUGUAUUAAAUUUUAUGUUUUUAUGAACUUUGAGGCAAGUACUACUACUACUAAGAAGUCAGAAUUGUAAUAUGAUUUGUUAGGCGCGGGCGGAUUGUGAUGGACGUCUACUCCCAUAUUUCUUGUAGAAUCUGAUCAACUGUUGAUUAUAAAGGGAGAAAAGCAUGUAAUAUUCUGAUUCACAUA